AUGGCCCUCCUCAACACCACCUUCACCGCCCACCGCCUGUCGCCCCUGCACGUCGGUUCGGAGCCGCUGACCCCGCAGCGCCUCGCCACCCUGUCCAAGCGCCUGCGCGACGUCCUGGUCGGCGACGUCGUGCGCGGCGUGCAGGUCGGACUCGACACUGCCUCCUCGGACGCCGCGGCGCUGGGCCAGACCGGCGCCCUCGAGAGCGUCGAGUGGGACUGGGCCGGCGUGCGCGGUAUGCUCGAGGCGCAGGGGGAGGCCGGGGAAGACACCGCGGACGACGACGAGCAGGACGCAGCAUCUCCGGCGCCGGAGCCGAGCGGCCGCCGUGGAGGCAGGCGGGGAGGGCAGAGGAAGAAGAGAAACAACGCCACAGUGCCCGACUCCUCACCCGGGGCCCUCAAGCUCGAGCUAAAGUACGAGAGCAACGCCUUCUCCGCGCUUCUCCUCCCUGCGCUCUCCGGCGACGCCCAGUCCAGCUCCGCUGAAGAGCAGCAGCAGUGGACGUCGCACCCCUCGGUCCCCGCGCCCGCCAACCCUAGCAACAGUACCGCGCCCGCCGGCGACAGCUUCCUUGCCCUGCCCCUCCUGCUGAUCCGCGCCCCGGCGCCUCUGCGCGCCGUGCUUACCGACUUCCUGACCCGGACCUUUGACGUGCGCGUCAGCCCGCUGGGCUUGGACCCGGGGACCCUGGUGGCGGCGUUUGAGCGCUGGCUCGUCGACUCCGGGUCCGUCGGCGGCGGCGCCAGGGCGGGCAAGGACGUGGUGCUGACGCUGGGGUUCACGCCCGCGGCCGUAUCCGCCGCCAUCAGCAGUAGACACGGGACUCCGGCGGCAGACGACGCCGGACAAGGAGGAGGAGAGGAGGGGGCGACGGCGGAGAAGCAGCCGCUGGGGCUCAAGAGCAUCGACGUCACCAUCCCCGCCGAGGACGUGGGCGGCUUCGUGCGCGCCGGCCGGGCGGCCGAGACGGCUCAGCCCUUCACCGACGCCCUGGCCGACUACUUGAGGCACCACCUGGCGCUGGACACACGGCACGCCGCGGUGCGGGUGCUGAGGAUUGCCUGCGACGGGUUCGUGUUGAGCGAGGGGAGGGUCAGGCUUUCGCAGGGCGGCGAUGCAGCGUGGAAUCUGCUGGACGGGCUGGUACAGAAAGCCAAGGGCAAGGGCUUGCGAGGCUGA